ACUAAUCUGACCCGCCAUUUUUGAGACCGCCUUUUUUUGCUACAUGACAUCGUUUGAUACAUCUUGCAAGUUAUUCCACAUUUCCUGCAGUUUCACAUUCAUAUUCGUGGCGUAAGAAGUUACAAGGAAACGUUGGCCGUAUAGAGUUAUGGACAGACUGUGUCUGUAUGCUGUAUUUUCGGUGGAUGAACCACCGAAACCACUAUUCUUUCGCAGGACACCAGAAGGAAUUGUCUACAACCACCAGUUGCCGCUGCCCCUCCCACACCAGGUGGUGGUCUUCGGUAUCGGCAAGUGGGAGCAAAGGACGCUGGGAAAGUCGCUGACUGUUGAGCUGACCCUGGACGAGGGAGAAACAUGGCAGAGACUGGGCACACUUACAGAUAAACACAGGUCCCUCUGCUGGCAGGGUGAGUGGAGAGAUGACUUCCUGAGGAGAAGUAUUGCCAUGGAGAGGCAGGGAGGAACAGCAACGCUGAAGGUGACCAGUGGAGGGUCUGGAUCAUGUGGGUCACCUGAGGGGAGACCAGUGGUCUCGUCACACCGCCUGCCCGAUACACCCAUCGACUCACCUGAAGUUACAGAAAAGGAAAACUUGGUAAAGUCAACUGGGGUUGCAGAGAUACAGAACGAGUACACGCCACCUUGGGAUGCAGAGGACAUCACGCUAACAAACACCCAGGAACCCACACCAAAGAGACGAAGAACCUCCGCAAAGUCACGGACCCUGAAGGAACAGCUCAAGUCAUCCACUGUCGACAAGAAGAAAACUCCCAACGCAUCACGAUCGAAGAAAGGCAGCAAGAAAGUAGAGUCAGACGCUGAAGAUACAGACACUCCCAGUGCACGCUGGGGCCACAGCCUGUGUCCGCUGGAUGACCACAGAGCCCUGCUGAUUGGUGGACAGGGAAAGGGACGUCAGCUGAGUAAAGACUCCAUCUGGCAGCUGGAUACAGUUACCCAGAAGUGGGAAGUACAGUCUACCACUUACUCAGGCCCGAAUCCCGAGGCCAGGAUGGGCCAUACCGCCACCUACGACCCUGUGGUCAAGUGUGUCUACGUGUUCGGUGGAUCCAAGAACAAGCGCUGGUUUAGUGAUGUCCAUGUCUUGGAUGUACAGACCUGGCAGUGGUCAUCUAUAGAGGCUCGAGGUGAUGCCCCCACACGAUCCUACCACAGUUCUACCCUGUACAGACACGAGCUGUUUGUGUUCGGGGGUGUGUUCCCUAACCCUGAUCCUCAACCUGACGGCUGCAGCAAUGAGGUCUUUGUCUACAGCCCAGCUACUGAAAGCUGGUACAAGCCCCUGGUCAUGGGAGACAGUCCUACACCUCGGUCUGGUCAUUCUGCAGUGUUGUUAGGAGAGAGGCUGGUAGUGUUUGGAGGAUGGGAUGCACCCGUCUGUUACAACGAUGUGUCUAUCCUGGACCUGUGCCUGAUGGACUGGACCCAGCCUGAAGUGACUGGCACGCCCCCAGCACCAAGAAGCUGGCACACGGCAGUUCCCCUGAAUGGAAACAGUUUCCUUGUCCACGGAGGCUAUGAUGGGGAUGAAGUCAUGGGGGAUUCCUUCGUCUUCUCACUAGACACCUGUAGCUGGAGUGCCCUGGCAGAUCCUGUACCUGUAAGUCCAUGCUGUGGACAUCAGGGUCUGGCUCUGUCCAGGAGUGAACAGGAGAAGGAAAACCAGGACAACCACAAACAGGCUAUCCUCAUCUUCGGUGGAGGGGACAACAACGGCCACUUCUUUAAUCAGUUAUACAAACACACUUUCUCUCACCAGGCAAGUGGAAGUGCCGUGGGAGACACGUGGUGUUGGUAGAGCCAACAUCAGGAGCUUUAGGCCAUGCCAAUCUAUAUCCUUGGUUCUUGGAAAUUUGAAUUAUAUAAAAAAAAAAAUAUAGCAAGCAGACAUCACAAAAGCAGGUAGGGAAGAAGCCUUCCGUCCAAGUGCACCAAGGCAUAGACCUGUUCCUCAGGCUUUGUUGUGAUUGUGAUUUGAUUAUGCACUUCCAGUUCAACAUAUAUUUUUGAAACCAACAAAUUAGAUUGGUGUGGCCUUUAAGGUACUUUGUUGGCAGCUGUAAUAUUUUUUUUUUGAGAUCAA